AGUCUUGGAAGGUCCUGGCAUGGCUUCCCAGCUCAGGCUCCACCUUACUUCCUACUCAGGACUCUCAGGGAAUAAGAUCCUCCGUCUCCUGUUGACUGACUCAGCUCAGCAGACAGAGAAGUCCAAGGGUCCACGAAGAGCCCCUGAAAGAAUUUUAUGUGAGCUUUUCGGCAGCCACCCAGUCCACAGAACACAUGGAGAGUGACAGAGCCCCACCCCUGCUGUUACGUUGGGAAGGCCAGGUGGGCACGGCCGGAAGUGGUUCCUCCUGACUUCCGCAUAGAAAAGCGGCCAGGCCGGAGGCCUUGGUCCGAAAAGUGCUGCAUCAGGUCAGCGGAAGAGGGCAUCCCAGAUCUUCUCAGGUGCCAGCCUUGCCAACCUCUCUGCCCACACUCCUACCUGCUGUCAUAGGCCACAGCCACCAUGCCUCGGGGUCAGAAGAGUAAGCUCCGUGCCCGUGGGAAACGCCGAGAGACCCAUGAUCAGCCGCAAGGUCUCACAGGUCCCCAGGCCACUGCAGAGAAGCAAGAAGAGUCUCGCUCUUCCUCAUCCUCUUCUGCUGUUUGUCGGGGUGCUCGUCGUAGGUCUUCUGGUUCCUCCGUUCCUCAGGAGUCUCAGGGAGCUUCACCCACUGGCUAUCCUGAUGCAGGUGCUUCAUGCUCAAAAUAUGAUGUGGCUGCCAUGGGUCAAGAUGAGAAAAGUUCUCGUACCUCCCGUGAUGCCUCUGUUCCUCAGGAGUCUCAGGGAGCUUCACCCACUGGCUCGCCUGAUGCAGCUGUUUCAGGCUCAAAAUCUGAUGUGGCUGCCAAGGGUCAAGAUAAGCAAAGUUUAAGCGCCUCCAAGAGAGCUGCGUUCUUUGCAACCACAGACGGAGAUCCUCUAAAAAGGAAGGCGAGCAAGAUGGUGCAAUUCCUGCAGGAGAAGUUUGAGAAGAAAGAGUCCAUUUUGAAGGCAGACAUGCUGAAGCGUCUCCGCAGACAGUACAAGCCAUGCUUCCCUGAGAUCCUCAAGAGAACCUCCGAACAUUUGACGGUGUUCUUUGGCGUUGAAUUGAAAGAAACGGAUUCCAGCGGCGAGUCCUACACCCUUGUCAGCAAGCUGGGUCUCUCCAGUGAAGGAAGUCUGAGUGGUGAAAAUGCGCUGCCGAAGUCGGGUCUCCUGAUGUCGCUCCUGGGUUUGAUCUUCAUGAGAGGCAACCGUGCCACUGAAGAGGAGGUCUGGGAGUUCCUGGGUCUGUUGGGGAUAUAUGAUGGGAUCCUGCAUUCAAUCUAUGGGGAUGCUCGGAAGAUCAUUACUGAAGAUUUGGUGCAAGAUAAGUACGUGGUUUACCGGCAGGUGUGCAACAGUGAUCCUCCAUGCUAUGAGUUCCUGUGGGGUCCACGAGCCUAUGCUGAAACCACCAAGAUGAGAGUCCUGCGUGUUUUGGCCGAGAUCAAUAACACCAGUCCCGGUUUAUACCCACAUCUGUAUGAAGACGCUUUGACAGAUGAGGUAGAGAGAGCAUUGAGACUGAGAGCUUAAGGCAGGGCUGGCACUGUUCCCUUGGCCAGGGCACCUUAUGGGGCCAUAUCCUACAGAUACUCCCAUUUCUAGGGAGGUCUGAAGUAGAAUUUUCGCUUUAUGUUAGAAGAGAGUCGUGAGCCUUCUAAGUAGUGCAGUAUAGUAGAGGCUGGAGGGAACAAGAUAUGUAUUUCUUUUGUCUUGUUAUACAUUAGUAACUUGUAGAUUUAUGUUUUAUCUCUUUGUCAAUUUUCAACAUUGUUCCUGUUAAGUGAAGGUUUAUUUUGCUUCAGAUUAUACAUUUAUCAAUAACAUAGCUCUCACAUUCAUGGCCGUUUAAUCAAUUUGAAAGUUACGGUUUGGGUAUUAGUAAAACAAAAUCAUACACCAUUCAUAUUUUCUUUAUAAUUCAGAACUAGAUAACAUGAUAAUAGAGAAGGGACUUUGAUAUGAAUCUUAAAGAACUCCACAGUAAAAUAGUUGACAUCAUAAUAUGAAGAGAAAGAAAAGGAAAAACAGAAAUGUAAAAGUUGUUUAAUUCUUGGUUUGCCUAAUUCGUUUUCCUAUUUCUUUUCGUAUAAAUAAAGGAUACCUGGAUUUAUUUAGGUUAU